GAUAUUUUCAGGGCAUUUAUGCGAUGGAUGAGCUUGCAGUUGUAGUGCAUAAUCGGGCAGACCACUCCAAGAGAUCACUAGUGCUUCCCUUCAAAAUGGAUGACACAGUGAAAAUGAUAGAGGAGCGGCUCAGCCAAAAGUUAGGAGUUCCUGCGCAGCAGUUGCGGGUAGUUCUAUGUGGGCACGCUCUUGAAGAAUGCACUAUGAUGAAAGAUCUUCUACUUGGACCAACCACGUCGCUCAUCGUUUUCGUAGAAAAUCAGCUACCCUCCGCAUCUGUAGCUAGAGCAGCCAGCUCAGACUCGCCGUCAGAUUCCCAAGUAACCCGCGGAACUCCCGAGAUUGGAUCAUUCUACGUCUGGUGCAAGACUUGUAAAGACAUCCGAAGGGGUAAACUGCGAGUUUACUGUAGUGAGUGCGCAUCAUCGGCAGUAUUGGUGAAAACAGAACCAUCUUGUUGGAGAGAUGUUACUCGUAGCAAACAAAUACAAGUGGACUGCGAGGAGUGCAAAUCACUGGAAUAUGCUGUGUUUAGGUUCAAAUGCGUCAAGUGUAACGAGAUCGGAGCCGUAUUAUCACAUAUUUGUGGCAACUGGGAACAUGAGGAAUGUAGUGUGUGUCUGGAUGAGCACAAUACGUAUUUGUUCGACUUGGGUUGUCAUCAUAUGGUCUGCCGCCAGUGCUUUGUGGAGUGCUUGAACUUAACUUUGGAAGAGACGAAGUUUGUCUUUCGGCCACCCUAUGGAUACACGAUCACAUGUCCAUAUCCUGGUUGUGAACGCUGCAUAACGGAUGUUCAUCAUUUUCAUGUAUUGGGUGAUGAAAAAUAUGAAAGGUAUCAGAAAAUUGCAGCGGAAAAACUGGUUGCCAUGGAUGAUCAAGGUGUGUUUUGCCCAUAUCCAGACUGCAGUGCUUCAUUCUUCUGGGAAGUGGAAAAUGACGAUGGCAAAACUUCGUGCCCGGAAUGUCUGCGUCUUUUCUGCAGGUUGUGCAAAUCUGCCAAAUGUGUCUGUGGUACUGAUGAUCCCUCUACAGUGACGAUCAAAGCAACGACAAAAAAAUGUCCCGGUUGCGGCGCAAACACGGAGCGCAAUCAAGGAUGCGCGCAUAUCCACUGCAUCGCAUGUAAAAUGGACUGGUGUUUCAUUUGUGAAGCUCCAUGGACCGAUGAUUGCCAAUGGAACCAUUGGUUUUCUUAAUAGUUUGUAUUUACUAGUGUCUCAUAGAGAUUUUAGGUACGCAUUUCUAGCCUACAAAAUCUAAACCAAGUUAGAACCGCACGGUUAAUUGCAAUGUUCAAAUUUGCUUGUGAUAUAGAAAUGCUCAGAAUCAGUUGUAAUAGAGAUCGAUUCAAUGGAGUCUGGUUACUCCAACCUUCCUCAAAAUAAAUAUUGCCAGUCG